AUGGAUACAGGGCUUCUCGAAACCCAGCAAGUUAAAUCGCUAACGCUGUGUGCGUUUAAGUGCGUGGCCCAUGACAAAUGUCUAUCGUACAAUUAUGAACACGAAUCAAGCAGUGAAUUACAUAGCUGUGAAUUACUGGAUAGGAAAAAGAAUGAAGUUACGCUGACAGCACGCGCAGGAUACUCUCAUUACGAAACAGUACAGGUAUGUAGACUGUCAAACUGGUACUUGCGGGAACCUCUAAAUACUGGAGUCUGGGACUGCACGCAGGCUAUCUAAAUACCUACAUCGUCCUAAUAAUAUAUCUCUAAUACGAACAAUUCUCUAACAAGAACACCUCUCUAAUGCAGACAGCUCUCUAAUACGUAUCUAAUACGGACACCUCUCUAAUAUAGACAGCUCUCUAAUAUAGACAGCUCUCUAAUACAGACACCUCUCUAAUACAUAGGGGUGCACCGGAUUUCAAAUCCGGCCGGAUUUAACGAAAUUUCCGGCAUCCGGCCGGAUUUGGAGAAAAUCCGGCCGGAUUUAAAUUUCUGUUUUCACCUUAAAAAAUUCACCAAGAAUGGGAUAAAUCAUCAAUUUGGAAGCUUUAAAGUUUAAAAAACACUUAUAUUAUUAUAAAAUAUUAAGUUAUUAACAAAAAGAUGUUUGAAAAAGGUUUAAACACAAUCAAAAAUCUAAACUGACACUAACUAAAAAUAGUAAAAAAAACAUAAACCGCCAUUUUGAAUACUAAUUUAUCCCAAAUUGUCCCCAUUACUGGUUUAUCUCAAAUCGGGCCGGAAUUUUUUUCUAAGUCCGGUAAAUCCGGUUCCGGCCGGAUUUGAAAAUUCAAAAUCCGGUGCACCCCUACUAAUACAGACACCUCUCUAACUAAUAUGGACUCCUUUCUUAUACGGACACCUCUCUAAUAUAUACAGCUCUCUAAUACGGACACCCUUUGAAAAGCAGAUUAUCUGAAAAGCUACUAUGUGUUGUAAACAAAUGUAAAUAAUAACAAUAGAUAUCUCUCUAAUAUGGACAGCUCGAAAUAGAACGUAUUAUGGCCCAUAUACACGUAAAAAUGCACAUUUAAGUUGUUCCAGAUCUGAAACACGUUGUAACAACAAGUUUGCUGUGAAGCCGAUAUCAGGAUGUGUUGGUACUGCUUGUUCCCAGCUGUUGUGACAAAUCUGGAACAAAUUGUUAUCACCUUGUUACAAGGUUGAUGACGAUAACAGACUUGUUACAUGUUGUUCCAACAAGACUAAUACAGACUGUUCCUAACAAGUUGCUACGCGCUAGUAGUCCUGUUAACAACUUGUUACGUGCAGACGAUAUCAGAGCUGCUGGAAGAGAAGAACUCGUUGCAAGUCUGUUGGCCUCAUAAACCUUGUUACAAGAAGAUAACAACUUGUUCCAGACUUGUCAACAAAAUGGGAACAAGCAAUGCGAACAUAUUUUGUUCACAAGCUGUCGAGAUUUUUACGCAUGUACGCACGCAAAUAUCCAAUCGCAUGAAUUAGGCACAAACAAACAUUCGCUAAUUUUGUCUCUGAUGAUUUUUAGUUAUCAUGUGAUAAUCUGAUUUGUGAAAACGGUGGGUCGUGCAUUACAGACUGUCUCACUGGAGAGAUGAAAUGUUUUUGUACUCCAGGAUUCGACGGAGUCAACUGUUCUAUCGGCGGUAAGUUUCUCUAAGGACAAGGCAAGCUAGGAAAACCGUUUGCGAAAAUUUUGAUAUUUCGCAGAUGCAGAUCAUCGAGAACUGAACGGAGCCUGUCUACCAUCAGCUGGAAGUACAUUCCAUUACUUAGCCCCGCUGUAUUUGAACGUUUUUUUUUAGAAAUUCUCUUUUAGGGGCUGUUUACAUGAGCCCGGUUUGCGGGACUGGCUCGCUUAAACGGGGCGCCCGGCUUCAUAGUAAUUUCCAACACAAAGCAAUUUUACUUUACAUGACAAACCAGGCCAGCCCGUUUAGCUGGGAUCCCACUUGACUCAAACGGGGCGCCCGGUCAGCCGGGAUGAAAUUUCUCCAUGUAAAGUAUCCAGCCCGGGCAACCCGCGGGCUAGAACAAAAACUUCAUUUAAAACAAAAAUAAAAGACAGAAACUGAUAUUUUUCUUGACAAAGUUUUAUUUCUUCAAUUAAUCUUGCCGACAAAGUAGUUUUAAUCGAUUAAAUUUGCCAAUAAAGCACAAAUUCGACUUCCGUGACAGACGUUACACUGUUAACUCGUAAACAAGUUUUUCCCGCCAAUUUUCGUCAGCAUGCAUUUCAGCCCGGCAAACGUCUCAUCCCGGCUAGCCGGGCUCAUGUAAACAGCCCCUAAGGCAUAGGAAAGGACAGAUUUAUAUUAUUAUUUUUGAGAUCUUGUGCUGUUUGCCUAUCACUUUUCGAAAUAAACAUUGGUUUCAAAUUAGGAGCGGUUUGGUUAUUAGGAUUUCAAAAAGAAAGAUAGAUUUGUGCGGCACGUUGGCCACGUUUUACAAAGAGGUUUCCAAGAGAGUAGAUGUUUCAGUACCCUCGCUCCGGACUUCCGCUUGGAACGGUGCUGUUGGCUUGGGCCGGGACAAUGUUUUACCCUUUCAUUUCUUUGCCUAAAUAACAUUGGGAAAAUCCGUGAAAAGGCCAAUUUUUCUGCAACUACACAUGCGAGUCUGUGUUCGCACUGCUUGUCCCAAGUUGUCAACAAGUUUGGAACAAGCUAGCUGUUAAUUAACAACUUGUAACAACCUUGUUGAUAUUAUCAGACUUGUUGCAAGGUUUUUCUAACAAGUCAAUACAGUCAUGAUAUAUAACAAUAUUGCUACAACCUUGUGUGGUCAACCUUGUAACAUUCUUGUUAUAUCAUGACUGUAUCAGACUUGUUAGAACCUUGUAACAUUUUUGUUAUAUCAUGACUGUAUCAGACUUGUUAGAACAGCCUUGUAACAAGUCUGAUAAUCCCAUCAAGCUUGUUACAAGUUGUUAACAGAACAGCUCGUUCCAAACUUGUUACAACUAGGAACAAGCGGUGCGAACACAACUUGUCGACAGCUUGUGAACAGAUUUAUAACAACUUGUGCUUAUAUUGUUGUAUUAAUAUGGCGUCAAUUCUACAGUAUCAGUAUCAGUAUAUAAUUGUAUUUCGAUUGACGCUAUUUAACUAUUAUUUUGUGAUUCGCAACCGCCAGAUACAUUUAAAAAGAUUGCUAACUGUGUAAACUGCAAAAUAAUGCUAAAACAAAGUAAUUUUGAGAGGAACGCCAAAAAGGUUUUAGGUUUUGAAUACUUUUCACUUGCACUUUUCAUUGCAAAUACGCGACAUUGAGAAAAAUCGCCUCUUAAUAAUCGCGGGAAGUGGGAGGUAUAUGGUAUAUGGUUGAAAAUGAUAUUAGCGAUUUAAUAGACGAGUCAAUGGAUGAUAUGGGUUUUUCAUUGUUGCACCUAAAUUGUCGUAGCCUUAUUGGCAAUUUUGAUAAGUUUAAAGUCUUGACCAGAAAUUUGCGUAAAUCGUUUUCUAUUAUCGGAGUAUCUGAAACUUGGCUGAAUGAUGAAACUUCUGAUUUAGUAAAUUUUUCAGGUUAUAAUUUCAUUUCAAAUCAUCGCCUGAAUAAAGUAGGUGGCGGAGUUGGACUUUAUCUACAAAAUCAUUUUCAAUACAAAUUGAUUCAAGAAUGCACAAUUUCUAAUCCUGAAGUAAUUGAGUCUUUGUUCCUUGAAAUUGUUAACCCUAAUGGGAAAAACAUUAUUGUCGGUACUAUAUACCGUUCGCCUAAUCAAAAUUUAACUCACUUUAUGGAGGAAUUCAACAAAAUUCUUUCCUUUAUUUCCAAAGAUAACAAACAAUGCUAUAUUAUGGGCGAUUUCAAUUUGGAUUUAUUCCAUUAUGAUCGCAUGCUUUCACUCAAGAAUUCAUGGAUUCUUUGUUCUCCUACAUGUUUAUUCCUCUUAUAAAUAAACCUACGCGAUUAACUUCACACUCGGCUACACUGAUUGAUAAUAUAUUCACAAAUGGUCCUUCACAAAACACGGUGAAUGGAAUUAUUCUUAAUGAUAUGUCGGAUCAUUUACCUAUAUUUGCUUUUUUUAGUUCUGAAUUAGUACCACAUAAAAAAGAAGUUAAAUCCUAUAGAGACUAUAGCGAACAAAAUCUAAUCAAACUUCGAACUAGUUUGUCUCUAGUGGAUUGGACCAGUGUUGUUGUGGGUCAAGAUCCUAAUAAACUAUUUGACUCUUUCUCGGCAGAAUACAAUAAGCAUUUUGAGGAUUGUUUUCCCUUAAAAAUAAGUAAACACCCUUCCAAAAAGCCGAAAACGCCCUGGAUUACUAAAGGUUUAUUGGUUUCCGUUUGAAAAAAGAAUAAACUCCAUAAGAAAUACUUGCGUAAUCCAACUUUACAACGCGAGCUUCAUUACAAAAGGUAUAAAAACAAAUUAAAUCAUCUAAUUAGAAAUGCUAAGAAAACUUAUUAUGAUAACAAAUUUGAUCGAGCAAAAAGUGACUUGAAGGAAACUUGGAAAUUAAUAAACGAGGUUAUAAAUACUAAAAGCAAGAAGUCAUCUUUACCAUCGUCAUUUAAAUCAAAUGGUACAGUGAUCACUGACCCUCUUGAAAUUGCAAAUGGAUUUUGUAAAUAUUUUACAAACAUUGGCUCAUCCUUGGCAAGCAGGAUUCUCCCAACAAAUUGUGUAUUUCGAGAUUUCCUUGGACCAAAUAUAAGUGAUACAAUAUUCCUUAAACCUACUACUGAACAUGAGCUAAAAAUUAUCUCUAUGUCAUUUAAAGGCGGAAAAGCACCUGGUUAUGAUCAUAUACCUAUGCAUCUUGUAAAAAGUUCGUUUGAUAUUAUUUCGAAACCAUUAAUGCGUGUAAUUAAUAUAUCCCUUGAAAAAGGGAUAUUUCCAAAUAACCUUAAAACGGCAAAAGUAAUUCCUCUUUUUAAAGCUGGUGAUGUAGAUAUAUUUACGAACUAUAGAACUAUCUCGAUCUUGUCAAGUUUCUCUAAAAUUUAUGAAAAGGUUAUGUAUAAUCGUUUGCUUAAUUUUAUAGAAAGAUUUGAAAUUUUGUAUUCUUUUCAGUUUGGUUUUCGUACCAAACAUUCAACUAAUCAUGCCCUCACACAUUUAGUAAAUAAAAUAGCAACUGGAAUCGAUCAAAACAAAAUUUCUAUUGGUGUAUUUCUAGACUUGUCGAAAGCGUUUGACACACUAAAUCACGGUAUACUUUUUUCAAAGCUCGAAAACUAUGGCAUACGCGGAGUCGCGCUAAAUUGGAUCAAAAGUUAUUUUCACAACCGUAAACAAUUUGUUCAGUACAACAACGUUACUUCUAGUCAGUUAAUUACCCAAUGUGGUGUGCCUCAAGGUUCAAUUUUGGGCCCUCUCCUUUUUAUUUUAUAUAUAAAUGACCUUCCGAAUGCCUCCCGUAUAGUUGAACCUUUGUUAUUUGCACAUGAUACCAGCAUCUGUUACUCUCACUCUGACCCUGUGGUACUAGCUGCAGUGUUAAACGAAGCAUUACAAAGCAUCGGUUCUUGGAUGAGAGCAAAUAAACUCUCUGUUAAUAUUGACAAAACAGACUAUGUUAUUUUCCAUUCCAGGCAUAAGAAAGUCUCUCAUGAUAUAUCUCUCUCUUUCGAUGACAAAUGUAUUACUCGUAAACCAAAGGUUAAAUUUCUGGGGGUUUUCUGGAUGAGAAUCUCACCUGGAAACCUCACAUUAGUCAUGUCUGUAAAAAGAUUUCUAAGUCUAUCGGCAUAAUUUAUCGAGCUCGUUUUUACUUGUUAGCUAGUACUAAAUUGUCAUUGUACUAUACGUUAAUCUACCCAUACCUUACCUAUUGUAACACUGCUUGGUCCUCCACCUAUGUUUCCAAUUUAAGUCGCAUAUUUCUAUUACAGAAACGAAUUGUCAGAGUACUGACCAAUUCUAAUUACCGGGCGCAUACUGCUCCACUAUUUAGUAAAUUAAAAAUACUCAAUAUAUAUCAGCUUAAUUCCUUCCAUAUUGGUAAAUUUAUGUUUUCUUACCACAAUCAGCUAUUACCACCUUCUUUUCUCAAUCUGUUUAUUACCAACAAUGAAAUCCAUGAUUACAACACCAGAAAUGCGAGUUCAUACCGAGCUCAUGCAUGUAGAACAAAUGUAAUGCAGUUUACCAUCCUAUUUCAAGGACCCAAAUUGUGGAAUUCUCUCCCAGAGUCCGUCAAAAGUGCACAGACUAUCAAUUGCUUCAGGAAUAGAAUUUUGAAAUACUUGCUAGAUGCCUAAUUACGUUUUUCUUGACCUCUCCUAACUAAUCAUUUUUCUGAUCUAUAUUUUCUGUUACUACUGCUCCAAGGAGACAUCCUAUUUACAAGCCCUAUGGUUUCCGGAUGCCUCCUUGCCACCGAUAUCUAUUUUAUGGUGUAUACAUAUUGACUAUUUAAAAUUAACUAUAUUAUUAUCAUAAAAUAACUUGUAUAUAACUGAUAUCUGUGGCAAAUUAAAUUAUCUCUAUCUCUAUCUCUAUCUCUACUGCGGCGAGAUGUACAAGUUUUGGACCAUAUUUUAACAAUGGAAAUCAAAACCCAUUUUAUAUUGAACUUACCCGGACCGAAAAUUACUACGGCGAACGUCUGCGCAACCAGGCCUCCUUUACCGUUGGAUUUACAGGGGGGGAGGAUGCCACUAAUAUACUCACGAUAAUAUUUCGAAUUAAAGUAUCAUAUUCUACCAUACUUUCCAACAAAGAGCCGCUGUAUAUUACUUCUUCCUUAAAUUUCUUCAAUCUCCGUCGUUUAAUUUUUUUUCUUCGACAACAUCUCGAGUUUUAUACAGUAUCCGAUCGAUCGAAGGAGUUUUUAUUUUGAAUGUCAAAUUUCAAAUAAUGUAAACAGUCGCUACGCGGCCGCGAUUGGCUGGCUGUUACCGGAAAUAUCUGCCCCCCCCCCUGUAAAUCCAACGGUAAAGGAGGCCUGGUUGCGCAGACGUUCGCCGUAGUAAUUUUCGGUCCGGGUAAGUUCAAUAUAAAAUGGGUUUUGAUUUCCAUUGUUAAAAUAUGGUCCAAAACUUGUACAUCUCGCCGCAGUACCUCCGUAUUUUCGAAGAACGGCAUUUGUUGUAUAUGCUGGCGAAUUUGUUUGGAGAAUAAAGCGAUUUGAGUGUGAAAAUUUUCGAUUCGAAGUGCUGUGCCGUCGUAUCGACGAUCGGGAAUCGUUAGCCUUUAUCAUGUUUCGUGUAUACUAGUAACAUCGAGUACAAAGUCUUGGAAAAUAUUAGUCCAACAAAGGAGGAAUAAAAGGAGAACACACACUAUCAAAUAGGCAAGUCAAUUUCAUUUUAAAAUUUAUAUUUUACGACAUAUUUUUACUAUAAUAUACAUUAAUAUAAUAUAAAUUCAUACUAUAUAAGAGGGUCUAGAUGGGGUGGUGCCCAAAACAGUAAACAUUUGAUUUUUUAGUAAUUUAACAGUAACAGUAAAAAAUUUCACAUAAUAGUAAAAUUUUGCUAAUUUCAUGAAGACGUAAAAAAGAACUUAAUUAUAUGUAGGAAGCAAAUGCACAGUCGUCUAAGUCUCUAAGACCAUCAAAGACAUAUUUUGCAUAUUUUGUAAUUGGCACACCAGGCCCAUAUGCGCAUGUGUUGGCCUGCAUGAAGGCAAAGAUGCAGGUGCUGGGCAAGGUGACAAGAGAUGUAAAAGCUAUAAAGAUCUGUAAGACCUGUAAACACACUCUGACAUCGCUUUUAAUAUAGUUUCGUAUUCUUUUGUCUGAAAUUUAGUAGUUUAAAGCCCUUUUUGAAAUGCAUUAGACUUUUUAUAGUAAUUACAACACUUAACUGCGAAGUCUUCCAUGACAGUAAACAACAAAAUAUUUAGCGUUUCAACAUUAAACACUAUAGAAUAUGGGCCGUCAACACUUAACAUUAAACCCCAUCUAGACCCUCAUAUAAAGUCUAUACUGACCCUUGCGAGAUUGGGCCGGCUGUGGUUGAAGGAAAUUAUAAGGAAAUUCGAAUCUGAAGGAAAUUUGAAGGAAAUUUCGGAAGAUUGAAGGAAAUGUGAAGGAAAUUGCCUUAUUUGUAAAAAAUCCUAAGAAUACGGCAAUUUCCAAGGAAAUGUGCUUCAAAAUGUGCUGAAAAUCCUGUCCUGCGAGAUGUAAAAUCUGAAAAUUUUCCAGACUCCCCGGCUUAUUCUCCUUUGUGUUCAUCUACGUAAACUCUUUGUCUCUCUCCUUUGAUAAUUCAGCCGCUGUAACGUCUAUGUUCCUUCUCGCACAAGAAAUACCCCGUUAUUCGUCGGAUAAAUAACUAUAAAAUCAGUUUUAAAUUAGUUAAAAUUGAAUAAUUUUUAUUGCAAGGAAAUUUUUCCAAAAAGAAGGAAAUUUUCAAGGUUUUGAAGGAAAUUAUGUUUUUUGAGAAUGGAAGCACUGCUGAUAUAGAUAAUGGCGUGCUGUUCAGGUUACAGCACAAACAGUGAUUCCACUUUCAAGGAAAUUUCCUUUUUCAAGGAAAUUUUGACCGAAAAAAGACGUUUCAAGGAAAAAAAAGGAAUCAAGGAAAUCUAAGGAAUUUUUGAAAAUUCUAAGGAAAUUUAAGGAAUUUUUGAAUCAACUAAUUGAACUGAAAUGUUUUGAAGAUUAACCUUUCAUUAAUUUUAAAUUAUAUUACUUUCCUUCGCUCAUAACCAAUAUGUCUGUGUACAAAAUAAAAAAACCUCUUUCGGAUCCUGUGACCGAGUCAGUUGAAUCUAAAAUUAUUAAUGAAAACACAACCUGAAUUUUAGGCAGGUAGCGUGCUGCGUGCAGGCCACCACGUGUUAGCUGCACAGGUUGGCUGUCAUGUACCCUGGAUUCCAGAGCCUUCGACAGUAAAUAAUAAAUUGAAACGUCGCGAAGGCUCUGGUUCAACUGGAAGAUUCUUUGAUUAAACCGCGCCAAUCACAAAACAGAAUUAGUGGUUUUAGUACAGAAUCUGUACUAAAAAACACUAAUUCUGUUUUGUGAUUGGCGCGGUUUAAUCAAAGAGUCUUCCCGUUGAACCAGAACCUUCGCGACGUAACCGAUGUUUCAAUUUAUUAUUUACUGUCGAAGGCUCUGGAAUCCAGGGUAGCUGUCAUGCGAAUUUAUAUGAUUUUAUUUGUCAUAUGAAUUUGUUGACACAGUUAACGUUGAGAACAAUAUUAAAACCCUGGUAUUUUACAUUUUAAAGCUUUCAAAAUUGUUGUGUAAAGACUUUGUUUUUAAGAGUUGUACGAAAGAAAUGUACCAUUCUGUUUCUGUCUUACUUUAUAUAAGUAUUAAUGAUUCUAAUUGCCGAAAUAUACUUCGGUUAAUCAAGGAAAUUUCAAGGAAAUUACAUCCUAUUUCAAGGAAAUUCAAGGAAAUUUUAAAGCAAAAUCAAGGAAAUUUCAAUGAUGCGUUGUGGAAACACUGAGCACAAAUCGCUUCCAAAUUACUGUGGAUAGCAACUUUCUUUGUCCAAUCUGUGCAGAAGUUUUAAAAGAUCCUGUUCAAUGUCAAAAUCAACAUUAUUUCUGCAAAAGCUGCAUAAAGAAACACCUUGAAAAGAAUGCGAAAUCAUGCCCUAUUUGUGUGCAAGAUCUGAGCGAGGAAACAUUGGCUCAGCCUCCUAGGAUUCUUACAGAUUAUUUGAAUGGUCUUAUGAUUAGCUGCGAUCACUCGGAAAGAGGUUGUACUGAGGUGCUACCAGUUUCAAGACUACAAGCACAUGUUCCUGAGUGUAACUACCGUCCCAUUGUUUGUACAAAUGAGAAAUGUGGACAAACAUUCAACCAAGAAGAUCUGACUGAACACGUGAUCAAUGCAUGUGAGUACAGACUGGUAUAUUGCCCUGACUGUGAGGAUGAAAUGAUUUAUAAGAAAUUCAGUAAGCAUGCAUGUGUACUUAGUAAGGAUCUCAACAAAUUGGGACUAGAAUGGGCAGAAAUAAAGAAUGUUUGGGAGAAAUUUGCAAUUCCCAGAAAGAAGUAUUGA